UUCGCCCAGCCAGAGCUUACCGGAAGUAUUCAAGCUACCACAUGCGCUGGAACAUAAACUACAAAUUUGAGAAUGUUCAAGCAGAAUAGUAUCGUGCCAAAUAACACGAAGAACAGUUUAUGCCUUGAUACACCAACAGUGCGAUUCGAGACGUAUCACAUACCUGGCUCCCGAUCCGAUAUGUAUCACGAUACCUUGCUCCCGAUCCAAGACAUAUCUUGAAACUUGCAUGUGCUUUUGUCUGUGGUCUCUGAGCCGAUUGUUUCAUAGACAGGAUGGCCAAAUACCUGGCACACUGACGAUUUACAGAUGACAGUGAUUCCUGAAUGUUAAAACAAUGGUUGUUUUUUCACACUAUCAGGGAAACAUUAUGCGGUCACUAUAUGUAUUCUACAAAGAGUCGUAUAUGUGUGACACGACCCUCCAAGCCAAGGAUGGUGAGGUGAAAGUUCACAGUUUAGUUCUAGCAGCUUGCAGUGAGAUUUUUAAAGCUCAAAUUACAAAGAAAAGUAAUGCAAGGACAUUGUGGCUUUCUGAUCUGACGUUAAGAGAAGUGGAGAUGGUCGUGAAAGUUAUUUACACUGGUGAACUACAACCACAAGAUACCAAUACAUAUAACUUGAAAAUAUUAAAAGACUGGAAAGUAAUCAGUGAGGAAGAUACGAAACAGGUUGAUCACUUGAAAAACAGUACAAUUCCUCAAUCUGAUCAGGUUAACAAUCAUAUGUGUGAAAACAUUCAAACAAAAUCAGCAUCUUCAGUGUACCCACUUGUGUUGCAUGAUGGGACUUCAGAGCUUGUUGUGUGUGUGAGGGAUACUGCUACAGAGGAGUAUGUACUCAUAGACUCUCAAACUGGUAAAGACAGUCCAGCUACAGCCUACGAAGAUGAGGCAACUUCAGAUGUAAAACCUGAAAGAUCUAAUCUGUCUUUACAAGUGACCAGGACAAGUCAGACAGCAAAUGAAGUUCAAGAAUCGUCCACUUUACGCCGGUCAAUUGACACAGAAAAUGUGACUGUCAGUAUUCUGAGUAUACCGAGUGUGAAUGUUACAGAGAUGAUUAAUGAAGAUAACAGUGAAUAUAAUUUACAUGGGAUUAAUAUUCAGCAGAAAAAUAACAUGAAAUUUGAAAAAGCAAAACAGUUCAAUACAUCUGAAGAGGAUAAUGAACAAAAAUCAGUUGGUGAAGACAAUGUUAAGAUGGAAAACACUAAUAUGUACAUGAAGUUGACAAAUGAUGGAGGGAUGGAUUGUCAUGAUGUUGAUAUUGUACAGGAGGCAUACAAGACAGCCAUGGACAUGGAUCCAACAGACACUGAUGGAGCUACAUCAGUAGACAGUCACGAAGGGGAACAUAUGUCUGGUGUUACAGUCAGUACCCCUGUUGUGGCGGACACCAUUAGGAACAUCACAAGCAACACUGACAGUCAUGAAGAUAAGUCUUUGCAACAGGGGCACAGAAAUGUCACUGACGAUGAUCCCAGGGUUGAUAUUGACAGAUGUGAGGAGGGGAAAGAUAGGAAAAUAGAGGUUGAAGGCGUCGUCCAUGUAUUGAGAUCGAAAAGAGGAAAAAGGAUGCCGACAAUUUGGAAGAGUGUUGGCAAAGACAAUGAUGAAUCCCCAGAUUCGGAGGACAAGAGGGGAAAAAGAUCUCGAAAAAGUAAACACAAAGCUAAGAAGGGAAAGGUGAAGUCUUCAAGUUCUUCCAGUGUUCAAAGAGUUGAGUGUAGCCAUGACAAGGUUGUUGGACAGUGUGAGGUUGUGGAGAAGGGUCGACACACCUGGUACGGAUGCCCCGAGUGUGGCCACCAGUUCAAGAGUUUGAAGCUUGUCGCUGGUCACAGAUACUCCAAACACAGUGUAGCCUUCGACCCCAGCCAGUUCCAGGUGCUCAAGUGUCAGGCCUGCGACUAUGAGACACUGGAGGUGCACCGUCUCGAGUCUCAUCGUGUGACGUCUCACUCCAACACACGUCCCUAUGUGUGUGAGUGGUGUGGCAAGGACUUCAAGCUGCUCGGCUCUCUGACACUACACACAAACACACAUACACGGGCACGCAGGUUCCAGUGUCCACUCUGUGACAAGGUGUUCUCUCAGCACGGCGCCAGGAAGAGGCAUGUGGAGGAGAAGCACAAGAAGUCUCAUCCCCACCUGUGUGAUGUGUGUCCUUUCUCCACCCUGGACAGAGUGACCCUAGUCCAGCACAAGUACACCAAACAUUCCACGCCCCUGCCUUCGGGAUACACUAUAUACCGAUGUCCUGAAGCUGACUGCAAGUUUGAGACCUUCAGGAGACAGGUGUACACCGGUCAUGUCAAUACUCACAAAGGCAUCCAGCAGUACAUGUGUGAAGUCUGUCACAAGAAGUUCAGCACUGCUGGCAAUCUACGCAGUCACAGGAUUGUACAUAAAGAGAAGUCCUUGCAAUGUCCCUACUCCAGCUGUGAUUUCUCAACAAGAUUGAAAAACAGGCUGGCUCAGCAUGUGAAGCUGAUGCAUACACACAGGGACUCAAAGCCUCACGUGUGUCAACACUGCCCAUACAAGACAGCAAUCAAAGGGAAUCUUCUCAAACAUCAGAGGAAUGUCCACAGACCAAGACACAAUUCUUCAUUGGCACAUACAAAGGGGAACAACUCUGACCACAAGGGAGAGAACUCUGUAGCACGACAGUCUUUUUUGUCUACCACUGUGUUGAAGCCCCUGCUGUAUUCUGCAGGACCAAUUCAGCUGUUGGAUGUAACAAGACACACACUCUCUGACGGGGAAAUCAUAGUGAAUGAGAUAUCACCACAAACAGCAUUUGAUGGGGCGACCCAGGUGGUUCUGGAUAUACAACCUUGACAGCCAUCAAUAUAUCUUACUUUCAUCUGGUGUCUGGUUAACAUAAAUGUCACACGAUAUGUUAGAUCUGGAAGCCUUUUGGUACUCACUGAUGAUAACCUUUGACAGAAAAACAUGUUUCAAUCAGAUCUUGUUUUGACUUACUAUUUACCAGCUGUUGUAUACCACUUGUUUAUGUUUGUAAAAAACAGGGAAACAAUACAUAAUGUGACAUUUGUUUUGUUGUGUUGUUCAAGUCUUCUAGGGGAGUGGGGUAAAGCCCAUGUCUGGUGUCCCCUCGUGAUAUUGCUGGAAUAUUGCUAAAAGGGGCAGAAAACCAUACUCACUUACCGGCAAGUCUUCAAUGCAUUUGUAUUUCUAAGCAGUACAGUGUUUGUCAAUAGGAAAGAGAUUCUAUCACAGUAUCAAGGCUUUCUAAUCAUACCCUAUCAUAAGUUUAUGACAUGACAUGACAAUAUUAUUCUAACGGUGUAUUUAUUUCUCACAAACAAUUUCAGCCAAAUAACUGAAACUGCCUAUGAAUGUAUACUGUUCCUUUGUCAUCACUCAUCCAGGAGUGAUUCGUUCCCACAUUGUAUUGUACCCACAUCUCGUCCUGCACGUGCAACUGCCUGCCUUGUUUCGACACAGGUGUAGUUGGUUGUGUUUACGCUUUGGCGCCUCAUCAGCGUUCAAUUAUUGAUGUCAAAGAAAGACCUCCAAUGCAUGUAUUUCGUGAAAAUAAUGGACGCUUUGUGCUCUUGUGGAUAAUUUUUCUUGAAUU